AUGGGAUUAAUUUUUGAAUUAGAAAUAGGUUCAGAUGUAAAUGCAGAUUCAUGUAUGAAUUUGGGUUCUAAAGUAGGAUUAAUUUCUGAAUUAGAAGUAGAUCCAGAUGUAAAUACAGAUUUGUGUGUGGAUUUGGGUUCUAAAGUAGGAUUAACUUCAGAAUUAGAAGUAGGUUCAGAUGUAAAUGCAAAUUCAUAUGUGGAUUUGGGUUCUAAA